AUGCGGUUGUGGACGUCGGUAUUUUUACUGUGCGUCUCUUCAGUGAGCAGUGAAUUUGAUAAAGGGGAAUGGAAGGACGUUAAAAUCAAACAAGGCCCGGUGCGGGGCUACCGGGACUCCAGUGGUGAACUGUGGACCUUCCGUAGUAUACCUUAUGCCUCAGUGCCGACAGAUAAAAAUAAAUUUAAGGCACCUCUUCCUCCACCAACAUGGACGGAGCCUCUUGACGCUGACGGUGACGGUAAGAAUUUGACCGAUUUCACCGAAGAUCUUCUAUCUGAAGAGUAUAUGAAUAUGAAGAAAAUUGUUAGAGCAAUUUGGCAUAAUUUCAUAAUUACAGGUAAACCUGUGCCGGAGGGAUCACCGCUUCCUGCGUGGCCGGCUGUAAGUGUGGGCAAUUCGCCAUAUAUGUCUUUGGGCCAAAAGUUGGAACUAGGAAAUGCCAUUGAACCGAAACGUUUCAACUUCUGGCAAAAAAUCUACCAAAAGUAUUAUAGAGAACCUAUUUCACCUCCAUAUCCACAACCUGAAAUACAUACAGAGCUAUAA